CACAAUUCUUUAUUCUUUAUUUUUGUUGUUGUUUUUUUUUGAGGACAGCUGAAUUUCUGAAACACAAUUGUAUUUGAUUGAUUAAACAGAAUUUUAUUCAAUUUCCUUUGCCAUAAUAAUAAUCUAAAUUUCCAUUUAUCCGGAAAAUGCCUCUAUUUUCAUCAAAAUUUUCAUUUAAAAAAUCUCAAUCACGACGACGACAAUCAUCUCGACCAAUGAUUGUGGAAAAUAAUGAAGACGACAGUGAUAAAUCGAUUACAUCGAAUGAAGAUGAUGAAGAUGAUGAUAAACGACAAAAUGUAUUGGAUAAGAAACAAUCAAAGAUAAAUGAUCAUGAGAAAAAUACAGAAAUUAUUGAAUUACCAAAAAAUAUUACGAAUAAACGAAGAAAAAAACAAUCAAAUAAUAAUCAAUUGAUGUCGCCAAAAACUAAACAACAAACACAACAAGGUGAUGAUAGUGAUCAAAUGAUUUUAAUAAUCAAUACUGAUCAUCGAUAUCGUUUUGAUCCUCGUCAUGGUAUAUGGAAUGAUUUAAAAGCCACCAUGAUGAUCACUAAAACUAUCGAAGAUGACCAAUUGAAAAAUUCAACAAAUUCAAUUGAUAAUGAUUCAGAAAAACAAAUUAAAAAUCUAUUAAAAUCAAUAGAAACAUUACAGGAAGAGAAUCGAUUAUUGAAAUUAAAAAUUGAAAUUCUUAUCGAAAUGGUUACAGAAACAACAGCUGAAUUAAAUCUUAGCGGUAAUAAUAAUAAAAGUACCAUUACCGCUACCACCACCGCUACUGCUAAGACAAGAAAAUAAUGAAACGUUCGAUGGUUUUUUUGUAAAUUUUCAAAAAAUUUUCUUUUUUUAAUAAUUUUCCUGAAA